CGCUGUAGGUGCUCAUGUCAACCAUUGGUAGUCUAGUUGAGGAAGUCAACUUUUGUACCUGAAAAGCAGAGUGCUACAGAAAUGACAUCACUCAUCCCGGACCUGGAGCAGCUGGCAGAGAUAGAGCUUCAACGGGAGGAUGAAGAGGAUCCAGUGUCCAGCACAGAUGGUCCUCCCAGCAGCAGAUGCAGCGUUGACCUCUCUCACCCGUACUAUGACAUCGCCCGUCAUGGGAUCAUUCAGGUCUCUGGAGAUGACAAAUAUGGAAGGAAGUUAAUUGUCUUUAGUAGUUGCUGUCUGCCUCCGUCUCAUCAGCUGGAUCACCACAGACUUUUACAAUACCUGAAGUACACACUGGAUCAAUAUGUAGAGAUGGACUAUAUCCUGGUGUAUUUUCAUUAUGGCCUGAGAAGCACCAACAAACCCUCUCUGAAGUGGUUAAGACAAACCUACAAUGAGUUUGACAGGAAAUACAAGAAAAACUUGAAGGCCCUUUAUGUGGUCCACCCGACAAACUUUAUCAGAAUAGUGUGGAAUCUGUUCAAGCCUCUAAUCAGUCACAAGUUUGGAAAGAAGCUUACAUACGUGAAUUACCUGGCUGAGUUGAAAGAUUAUUUGAACUAUGAGCAGCUAAUAAUCCCUACUGAUGUGAUUAAACAUGAUGAGAAGUUACGUGCAGCUCAGAAAGAUGGACCACCCUCUUCAGUGAAACAGCCCCCUCCUCGCCCCCCUCUGCCCACGCAGCAGUUUGGUGUCAGUCUGCAGUAUUUACGAGAGAAGAAUGCAGGGGCAAUAAUCCCACUAGUGAUGGUCCAGACUAUCACAUACUUGAAAGAGAAAGGUUUAAAGACAGAGGGGAUCUUCAGACGCUCUGCUCGUGUUCAACUGAUAAAAGACAUUCAGAAACUCUAUAAUCUGGGUAAACUUGUAAACUUUGAGCAGUACGGUGACGUCCAUGUUCCUGCUGUCAUCUUAAAAACAUUUAUCCGAGAGCUGCCUGAACCAUUGCUCACUUUCAGAGUCUACAAUCAAGUGCUGGAUCUAAUGAAAGUUGAAAGCUGCCUUCGUGUGACUCGAUGUAAACAGAUAAUUGAGAGUCUUCCUGAAUAUAAUUUUAUUGUAGCCAAAUACCUGCUGUAUUUUCUCCACAUGGUGUCUCAGGAGAGCAUCAGUAACAAGAUGAGCCCUUCUAAUCUGGCGUGUGUCUUUGGGGUGAACCUGGUCUGGCCUCGGCACAGCUCUGUAUCUCUCACUGCUCUGACGCCCAUCAACAUCUUCACUGAGAUCCUCGUGGAACACUGCCACACGGUGUUCAACUCGCGCCACUGCCUCAAUGAGGUACUGCCCUGAACUAGAGGCUUAUACAGAGACACAUCAUUGGUGCUGAAGCUCUGGUACUUGGAAGAGGGGAGUGAAAAGUUGUGUUUGAAGAGGCACCCCCUGAUAAUUUUCCCCCAGCAACAGGGCUGUUUAUUAGGUCAAUUAAAGUUUGACUUUAUAACUUUUCUGGUGAAAGGUCUGCCACCUUGAUUCCAUGGAGAGAGGUAUUUUUGAGAGAUACAAACCUGUAGUUGAAUAAAUGCAAGAUUUUAAUGACAUAUUGUGGAACAUGCCAAAACUAUCUCCUUAGAGACUAACACGCAGACCCUCCACCAUUAAAGUUACAUAGUGUACCUUUUAAUACAUCUACUGAAUUUAAAGCAAUAUUCACAAUGAAUAUGUGAAAAAUAUUACUAUACUGUGAGCUGUCUUUUAUGCAUAUUAGAAAGUAAUCAAACUGUAAACACUACUUCUUAUUUUAACACUGGAUCAUAUUUUUUGUCACUUAGCACUUUUAUAUGCAUAGUUUGUCUGCUGUUAUUAAACUUUAACCACACUGACUGAUAUAACGCUUGUUACAAUUACAAAAAUAACUCAAAAUAGCUAGUCUCUUUUAGAUAGUAUGAUGUAUUGAAAUAAAAUAAAGUGGACUGAACCAGUUGCUCUUUAAACCUGUUUAUUAUUAUUGAUUCAUUUUUUAAGAACUUGGUACAAAAUUGAUACUACUCUUUACCAUUUAUCAACUUCCAUUGAUCAACUUUCAAUGCAUCAUAAAGAAGAAAAAACUACAUUGGCAUAUGUAAGACAAACACUUUCCUAUACACACUAUCCACUGGACGGUUCCCUUAAUGACAAAGAAAAAAACUUACUACUUUAACAGCCAAAAGACACUUUAAAUUCCAUCCAAACCUCUUUGUGUUGUCUUAUUAUGGCAAAGUAAUACAUCAGACAUUGCAAGCUAGAAGUCAGAAUGCAGAAUAGGCAAAUCCAUAAAAAAAUCCUCAAUGUUCUUGCUUCAUUUUUUGCUUGAUAAAAGAAUAUAAAAUGUU